AUGGCACCUCUCAUUCGAGUCAUCGGCUCCCUCAAUGCCGACAUGGUCUCUGUGACCCCGCGAUUCCCAAACCCAGGCGAAACAAUUACCUCCUCAUCCUACUUCACAAGUGCAGGCGGCAAAGGUGCCAACCAAGCUGUCGCCUGUGGCCGCAUGUCCAGAGCCAAACCAACCGGCCCUGCACCCUCUACCAGCGACGUCCAAGUUGAGAUCAUGGGCGCAGUCGGCGCAUUGGAUGGCCACUUCUCCGCACUGCUAAAGCCAACACUGGAAAGGUCGGGCGUCGAUCCAUCCAGAGUUAAGAUCGUUGAGAAUGCCUACACUGGUGUCGCCGUGAUCAUUGUUGAUUCAUCGGCUGGCGGUGAGAACCGCAUUGUCUUCUCGCCUGGUGCCAACUAUGAUGGGAUGCAGCCGACGCCAGAGGUACUCGGUAUGGCACUUGCGACACCCUUACCAGAUGUGAUUCUCAUGCAAGGUGAGAUUCCGCUUGAUACGAUUAUUGGGACUUUACGAGAGAUUGCUGCGUUCAAGGCUAAAAACCGUGCUGCGGGGAAGCGCGGCAUCGAGUGUGGUCCGGAUGUUAUGCUUAAUCCUGCCCCUGCCCCUCCGGGUGGCUUGCCGGAGGAUGUCUAUGCUGCUGUGGAUCAUUUGAUCUUGAAUGAGACGGAGGCGGAGCUUAUGACGCCGCCGGGAGAGCAAUUGCUCAGGGUCGUUCCAGAUGCAGAGGGUCUGGAUGGCAAGGAGAAGGUUGCGCGGUAUUUCCACCAGCUGGGCGUCACCUACAUUCUUAUCACGCUAGGGGCCCAAGGUGUUUGGUACAGUGCCACGGAUGGUGGGUCUUCGGGACCGAGUGAUGGUGUGCGGCGCUUCACGAAUGAGAUUCCUGCAGCGCCUGUGUCUCGCGUCUUGGAUACCACUGCUGCCGGAGAUACUUUCGUUGGAGGGUACGCCGUCACGGUGGCGCGGUGGCGCGAGCAGCGUCGUGGAGCCGGACAGGCCGGACAGGAUGUGGCCGACGACGAGAAAGCAUACCGGUAUAAGACGGUCAUGGACGGGGCAAUGCAGCUGGCAGCGCGGGCCUCGGCUCGAACGGUGGAACGUCAAGGUGCCAUGGAUAGCAUUCCAUUUGAGGAUGAGAUCUGA